AUGGCAACAAACCACGGCAUUCGCUCGGCGGAGAUUAAGUACCCGCAAGGAUGUAAGGACAUCAACGAGGAGCUGAGCACCGACGAUCUAAUCCGAAGUCAACCUAAUGUAUUUUAUCUCGAUCAUCGACAGAAUCUUGCCUGGGUCAAAUCGUUUAACAUCUGCAUUGAGCUCGAGGAGUCUCAGCAUAUUUUCUGUGAGCUUUUCUCGCUCAUUUUCAAAAUUGUCAAUGAAAAUCACAGUGACAAAGUGAAGAACUUUAUGCUGGACAUGUUGACACCACUGAUUUCCGAAUCUGACACAGUGUCGACUAAAUUGCUUCAGAUUAUUCUCUUCCAAGUGAUUGACCCAAAGAAGACUACCAACAAGCAAGCCUACUGGCUAGCAUCGCAGAUUCUCAUCAAGACCUGUGCCACCAUGGAGCCGUACCUGCAAACGUACUUUUCAAAGGCCAUCACCAGGGGCGUAAACGAAAACGGCGACGCCUCUGACGAUGAGGGGGCAAGCAAUGACAACGACGCCGAUGAUCCAAAGGGGAAGAAUAACAAGAAAAAGCAAGCCAACAACGUUGUGUCCAUUCCGCAGAUUUGCGAGCUAAUCUACGAGCUGAAUCAGAUUUGCCCUGCCCUGGUUCAGAGCACCAUACCGAUGAUUGAGUUCAAGUUGAAGAGCAACGAGGAGAAGGAACGCUGCGAAUACACCAAGCUGCUGGCUCGACUCUUCUCCGACAAGAACUCCGAACUGGCUGUCCGCUAUCAGGAGAUAUGGAAGUCAUUUCUGGGCCGUUUCCGCGACAUUAACGUGACGGUGCGAGUGCGCUGCGUCCAGUACUCAAUGCACUUUCUCGUGAACCACCCUGAACUUCGCAUGGACAUUACCGAGCAGCUGCGACAGCGUCAGCAUGACGCCGACGAGAACGUCCGCUACGAGGUGGUCAUGGCCAUCAUCUCCGCCGGCAAGAAAGGCAUUGAGAACAUCAAUGAGUGCCUGCUGGAGUUUGUCAAGGAGCGCACACUGGACAAGAAGUUCAAGAUCCGCCGUGAGGNGGGCAUUGAGAACAUCAAUGAGUGCCUGCUGGAGUUUGUCAAGGAGCGCACACUGGACAAGAAGUUCAAGAUCCGCCGUGAGGCGCUGCUCGGCAUGGCGCAGCUGUACAAGCAGUACAACUUUCACCUGGCCAACAACGAGGAGGUGGUCUCCGAUGAGGCGCAGGGCUCGCUGCGAAUGCUGAGCUGGAUCAAGAACAAGUGCAUGCACAACUACUACCAGACGCAGCUGGAGGACAAGCUGCUGGUGGAGCGCAUUCUCCACACCUGUCUCAUUCCCUUCUCGCUGCCGCUGACGCAGCGCAUGAAGGCCCUCUACGUCUUCUACUGCUCCAUUGACGGCAAUGCGUCGCGCGCCUUCAAUGAGCUCCUCAAGCAGCAGCAGGGCGUCCGCCGACAGAUGAAGGACGUGAUGGACAUUCUAUGCCGCGUUGACAAGGUGGAAGACCGAGACUUGCAGUUGAAGGCCAAGGUGGCCAUUGUGGCGAAGAAUCUAACUGAGCCCGUCAAGUCGGAGGAGUACAUCAACAAGCUCUGUCUUAACUUGGAAACCAACAUGACUGCCAAGCAGCACAUGAAUCUGAUUGUGACAUCGGCUUCCUUCAUUCAAAUGACCGAAGACGGAAAGUGCAUCGCACCGGCCAACAGCUCGGUCAUUGAGCAGUCGGUUCGAGAGAUUCUCAAAUCGCUUGGCUUCCCCGUGCAGACAAACUCCUUCUACAUGAUCAUCAAGCAGCUGAUGGAGCGCAUUGCCCCCAUCAUGAUCGACCACCAGGGGCUGCUGAUGCUCUUCAACUACGUCUCUGACUCGCUCAUCGGCGACGGAGAGCUCGACAAUCAGAUGGGCCUGCGAAACUCAGCCUUGCGAGGACUGCAGCUGAUUCACACUCUAUCGAAUGUGUUUCCGGCUCUCUUUCACGGUCGUGAGAUUUUCAACGCCUACCUGUUGCCCUUCCUCUGGCAGUGUGGAACACAGCACCAGAUUGCCGAGACAGUGCUGCAGAUUCUCACCAACAUUGGCGCCACUGCCUUCUCUGACAGCAUGGAGGCGUUGGAGAAUACCACCGUUCCCUGGUGGGCGGAAAAUGAGGAGUUCAUUACUCGACUAGUGGACAAGUACAUCCUCAAUGCUGCAACGACCAAGCAGGCCAAGUACGCCGUCCAGUGUUUGAACGCCAUCAUUUUGGAUGACACCACUAAAGUUAGAGUGUUUGGGGAAAUCAUUGACAAAAUCAAGUCGGCGGAGCUUUCCCUCACUAGCACUCCAUUCUUUCAAGUGCAUUUAGUUGCCCUCGGAAUGAUCGCCAUCAAUGGUGGCUACGUGUACUUUCCCAAGAUGCUACGCUCCAUCGUACAGAAGUUUAUCGUGCAGGGGCUGUUGCUGAAGGACGUUCGAACUGAGCACGAGAUUGAAACGCUUCAGAACACUGAAAAGGAGAAGAGUGCCACCACUGACGUCAAUGUUGUGUACGAGGGCUUGAGCGCCGAGGUGAAGGCCAAGUGUGAAGGAAUCAAACUGCUGGUUAGGUGGAUUUACGGACUCAAGUUGAAUUCCAUUAUGGUUCCACAUGAGACUCAGGAAGAAACUCACAGCUACUAUCAAAAGGCGGCUACCAACGCCCUUCAACUACUGAAGACCAUCAUUCAGAAUGGUGGUGACCUGAAUGGUAAUGGCCGUGGUGGCACCACUCUCGAGAAGGCCUACAUGCGACUGACAGCCGCCAAUGCCAUGAUCAAGAUCGCCUCCAAUGACGCCCUCUCGUCGAUCAACUCAAACAGCGAGCCCGUUUUCCAGAAGUGCGCCACCACCUUGGACAUUAUGACGGCUCAGCAGUGGCACUGCCUGGCGACCACCCUCCUCGACGAGCAGGAGUUUGUUCAGGAGAAGUUCCUCGCCAAGCUGCAGAAGGGCCUACUCUCUCUCAACUUGGGCCUGGAGUUUUUAGCCUUCCUCUCCCUGGGAGGGCUUUUUGAGAACAACAACUUUAAGACCAAGAUCAGGAACUACCUGAACGUGAACUACGUGAAGCGUCGAGAUCUCGUCAAGUCGCGAGUGACGCCCAAUCUGAAGAGUAUCGUUCCUGACUGUGUCAUGCCCUUCGUCAUUCACCUCAUCGCUCAUAUGCCCUUCUUCAGUCAGUACGACGACGUGGAGCAGCUUGAGAAGGUUAAGGAUUGCCUGUGGUUCGCCAUGGAGUCGCUGGUUCUCAAGAAUGAACUGUAUUCAUUUUCCUUCUUCAAGAAAACCUUUGAAAACAUGAAGCACUGUAUUGAUCGAAUCACGGCGUCUAACUACAGGAAUCCAGCGGUAGAUCCGGUUGUUUCUAGCAAUGCUACGCAUACCAACUACAGAAUUUGGGCCGCUUGUGACCUCGCAAUGGGCCUGGUUAUGAGUAAGACGCAGAACUUUCUACUCAAAGACUUUCCUGUGCAACCUAGCCUGCCUGGAAAAUACUUUUCACCUUCUCAUGACACUGAAAACGGCACCAAGAGCUACUUGCCACCUGCGAUGCAGUUUGCUCCUCCGAAAAAGUGCGGACUUGAGACUGAAAUGCUCGGGAAAAUGUCUAAAAACUCACACGCAAAGAAGCCGCUCCGACACAAGGCCAACACUUCAACUGAACUAAUCGAUGAGUUUAUCAUCGAGGGCGAUGCGGCCAACAGCACUGCACAGCACCCGACACGUUCGCGCAAGCAGCAGAUUGUCAUGAACUCGGACAAUGAGGCCGAAGCCAAUUCACUGGCCGAGGGUGAAGCGAACUCCUCUACCGCGGAGAAGAGCGCGGCAGAGCGUUCAGAGUACGACUUUGAUGACAGCAACACCGGGGACGGAGGUGCCCAGCAGGCUUCGGAGGGCAGGACAACGGAGCAGGCGCCGGCGGAAGAGGCGGAGGCACGUCCCAAGAGAGGUCGUCCUCCUUCGAAAGCGACAGCUGCUGCUACUGCCGCUGCAGCCGCCGCUGCCACCACUGCUUCAUCAAGUCGGGCUCGUGAGAACGACACAUCACCUCCUCGCAAAUCGCUCCGCAUCGCUAAAACGAUCCG